AUGGAUGUUGAAACUAUUAAACUACACCUUUUUCGUUUUGGAUUUGUUGAGAACUAUUUUGUUUGGACGUAUCAAGGAGAAAAAGAAGUGAUCGAUGAGAUGUCUAUUGAUUUACCUAAUGAUACACAACCUGGAUUGGGAUAUGAUAAUCCAUAUCGCCAAAUGGUUUUGGAUGCAGCUGGAUCAAACUUUGGUCAGGGUUCGAGUUGGCAAUCUUAUAAUAAUGACGAACCUGAGUCGUCUCAUCAUUGUGAACCUCCAAUGGAGGAACAUACUAAUCCUUCAAUGGAGCAGGAACCUAAUCUUGAGUCGCAAAGGUUUUAUGAUUUACUUCAAGCCGCUGAUGCAGAAUUGUAUCCUGGUUCUUCCAUCUCUCAACUUGCCGUAGUUUCUAGGAUGCUAAUUAUUAAAAUGGAGAAUACUUUGUCACAGAGGGGUUAUAAUCAAGUGAUGCAACUAUUGAAAAAGGCAUUACCUGAAGAUAACAAGGUUCUCGAUAGUUAUUAUCAAACCAAGAAGCUAGUGCGUAGCUUGGGUUUGCCUGUUGAAAAAAUUGAUUGUUGUAAUUCAGGAUGUAUGUUGUAUUGGGAAGAUGAUAAGGACCUAACAUCUUGUAAAUUUUGUGGCUAUGAGAGGUUUAAACGUCGUGUUGGUUCUCGUAAGAGAAAAUUGGUCCCUUACAAAAAAAUGUAUUAUUUUCCUCUUAUUCCUAGAUUGCGGAGAUUAUAUGCAUCUCAUGCUACAGCUGCCGACAUGAGAUGGCAUCAUGAGCAUAUACAAGAAGAGGGGGUAAUGCGUCAUCCAUCAGACUCUGAGGCUUGGAAGCACUUUAAUGAAACCCAUUCUUUUUUUGCUUCUGAACCAAGGAAUGUGAGGUUGGGGUUAUGUACUGAUGGAUUUCAGCCAUUUGCUCAAUCUGGAAGAAAAUACUCUUCAUGGCCGGUGAUUGUCACUCCAUAUAAUUUGCCCCCAGGGAUGUGUAUGAAGGAGGCUUACAUGUUCUUAACUGUCAUUGUUCCAGGGCCACACAAUCCUAAACAAAAUAUUGAUGUUUAUCUACAACCUCUAAUAAAGGAAUUGACUUUAUUGUGGGAGACAGGUGUGGAAGCAUUUGACAUCUCAAAAAAGCAAAAUUUUCAAUUACGGGCAGCUUUGAUGUGGACUAUCAAUGACUUUCCGGCAUAUUCUAUGUUAUCAGGAUGGAGUACCAGUGGAAACUUAGCAUGCCCUUAUUGUAUGGAGGAAACACAAUCCUUCAGAUUACAAUAUGGUGGGAAGACAACUUGGUUUGAUAGUCAUAGAAUGUUUCUUGACCAAAAUCAUCCAUUUAGGAGAGAUCGUAAGAACUUUCUUAAAGGUCAUAUUGUCACCAGAUUGCCACCACCUGUAAGAACAGGACAGGAAAUUUUGAAUUAA